CCCCCUGCGCAUUUUGAUGAAUAGAGUUGCUGUCAGAUGCGCUGAUAGAGCGAAGCUUGUUGAAAACAGACAGCUGGAACAGAGAAGAGAAGCAGCAGCGUGGCUCCUCCACGCAGUUACGUCUAGUUCUUCAUCAGCAGAACCGGAUUCCAAGGAGAAGUAGCUGAACUCCAGUCGCCACCGCGCCGCCCGUUGCUCAACGCUGUCGCGCGUUGCCUCCAUAAAUGUUUUCCUUUUUAUGUUAGUUUUCUAUGGAACGCUGUGGACACAGCUAUGGAUGUGGCAUUUAGCGCGACCGGCCCGUGACCGUGCCAAGGGUUGCUGAGCACUUUUCUAGUUUCUCGAAAGUUGCGACGGAAGAAGGAAACGUUUUGUCCUAAUAAGGAACCCAAGGGCCCCCGUCAGGAUGGUGAAUAGCCAAGCGUCAGGUGUUCCACCGGCUCCCAGGUCCUGUGCAGGAUGCGGGGGGAAGAUCGCCGACCGCUUCCUGCUCUUCUCCAUGGAACGCUACUGGCACACACGCUGCCUCAAAUGUUCCUGCUGCCAGGCCCAGCUGGGGGACAUCGGCACCACCUGCUACAGCAAAGGAGGCAUGAUUCUGUGUCGCAGCGACUACAUCAAGCUGUUCGGGGCAUGCUGCGCCUGCGGCCAGUCCAUCCCAGCAAACGAGAUGGUGAUGAGGGCACAGGGGAACGUUUACCACAUCAAGUGUUUCAGCUGUGCCACCUGUAGAAACAGACUAAUUCCCGGGGAUCGAUUCCAUUACAUCAAUGGUACAAUCUUCUGCGAACAUGACAGGCCUGGCACUGCUUUGCACAACAGCCACCUGGCGCCACUCCAGAGCAGCUCAGUACUGACAGACCAGAAGGUAUGUUAAGCGGGAAGUGUCCUGAGCGCCAUCCUUUCCAGCCUCCACCUCUCUUCUGUGUGUUCUCCCUCCACUGCUACUUUAGCUGUUGUUGUACUUGUUGUUGUGGAGCCUCAUUUCCCUCCCUCCUCGGUCUCACUUUUCCCAGCGCGGCUCCAGUUUCUCCUGUAAGAUGUCCCUUCCCUCUCUAUUUCAGAGAUUUUCUAUAGAUCAGCGUCUCCAUUCUGGUAACACUUGAUGUUAAAGUGGUCUGUCCAAAGUCUUCAGACUAUAUGGGGACUGCGGUGGCAAAAAGUCUCCUUCAGGACUGAACAAAGCUGGAGGAAAAUGGUGCCUCUGAAAACUAGUGACGCUGCAGGCGGAACAAAAGACACUACUUCCUAAGUGUGAUGGACUGCUGUGAGCUUACAAAAAGUGACUAAACUACGUUUGCCAUGUGACAUUAUUUCUUUUUCUGAUGAGGUUCAGGCACUGAGAAUGUCAUCUAAGAUUUGUGUCACUGAAUAUGAUAAUCCAGGGCUGUACUCGUGGUAAAUGGCUCGUCAUCUAUGCCCCAGACUCUGCACAAAGAAGUGCAAUAUCCCAGUGAUGGUUUUGCUGAUUUUUUUCUUCUUCUGUACAGUUUCUUUUUCAGAUGCCUGUGUAAUGUGUUUAUGGGUGGGGGGGGGGGGGGGGGUUGUGGGUAUGAAAACAAAAAUCCUAUUAAAACAACUUUCCUGUAAUAUGUCACCAAGCGACCUGAGGUCAUUGCGGCAUUAGUGUGGCAUUGUGUUGCAUGGUACCUGGCAUGGUGGAUGUUUCUGUCUGUCUCUCUCUCUCUCUCUCUCUCUCUCUCUCUCUCUCACCUUCUUUGGCCCUGUAUGGUGAAAACAUGCCUGAUUACCCCGAGGAAUGGAUUUAGGGGGCUUGAGCUCUGACCAUUUACAGAAACAAUUAAGCAUGAGCCCUGUAUCUGUGCUGCUGGAGCUCCUGGGAGCCUGAACUUGGGGCAUAUGCUGUGUGGCUGACUGGCUGACUGCCUCUAAUAAAGCCUAAUCUGAAAGAGGGCUAAUUAAAGGGGAGUGGCCCCCCCCUUAACAUCCAGGGCAUUUGAAACAGUCCGAUGUAUUUACUUUUUAUCUUGUUUCAAUUAGAGCUCCCACACAGCUUGGCUUGUUUCCUAGCACAGCGCCUUUGGUCUGUGCCACACUCUGCAUGACUUCUGAAAAUGAUUUUCAUGAGCUGCAUCUAAUUCGCUUUAACUUCAUGCGCCUUUUUGAUUCUGCAUGCAAAUGUUAAAGCCUCACCAUACCAUCCAAGGUUGCGACUUAAUCUUUUUGCGAUAGUGGCAGAGGAGUACGAUGCGUGCAGGAAACAAACGAUAGCAUCUGCUCCACUUUCACACCUUGCCUGGGUGUGCAGCUGCCAUUAAACUUCCCUCUAAUGCGCUUAGCUAUUUCAAACCGUCCCACUUGUCAUGGUCUAGGCUGAUGCGGCAUCAAUUAUUUAUUCCACGUCUGAUCAAGAAGCGUCACGCAAAUUCAUUAACGUAUGCAAAUUAUCACAAUUACAAUUAUCUUUGUAUCGUGAUGGUGAAGAAAUAAAAACCUCAGAACACUCCUGAGUCCCAGCGCACCACAAGUUACACUUUGCAUUCAAACUAAUCAAGCAUCAUCUGCCUUCUCCUAAUUAGCCAGACCGUUUUCACAUGCCAAUUAGCAGGUCUCAUGAAAAAGCUCUUUGCCACGAGGCGUUGUCUUUUAUCAGAGCUUCUGCAGGUGUGUGGCUCACCAUGUAGCCUGUGUCAUAGGAAAGUGUUUAUUCAUGCUAAUUAAUCAUAUUAACACAUGCAUGAGUGUAAUUGCCAAAGCUCCUUCACCUCACACUGUGUGAAGACUCAAGAAGAUGCUCGGGUAUUUUUACGUGCUUAUGAUGAAAAGGGAGAAGAAGACCAGCAGAGCCUCCUUGUUUCCUAGACAUUCCUGUGAUUCAUAUCCAAGAUGUCUUUCUUCCUCGUGAGUGGAAAAGCCUGGGCUUUGGUGUUUAGCAUCAGAAAGCAUUCUGGUCUUGACUCAUCCUUCUCUGUUGUUGUUGUUGUUGUGUGUGUGUGUGUGUG